GUGACGCGAGGGGGCGGGGCCGCGCCAUGGCCCGGGAGGCGGCUGCGCGGCCGCCGGAGGAGACCCUGGCGCUCUGGAAACGGGAGCAAGCGCUGCUGAAAGCCCGCGUCGUGGACCGGGACACGGAGGCGUGGCAGCGGGAUCCCGCCUUCUCCGGGCUGCACAGGGUCGGGGGCGUGGACGUGUCGUACGUGAAGGGCGACAGUGCCCGAGCCUGCGCCUCCCUGGUGGUGCUCAGCUACCCUGAGCUGGAGGUGGUGUACGAGGACUGCCGCAUGGUCUGCCUGACGGCCCCCUACCUGCCGGGCUUCCUGGCCUUCCGAGAGGCGCCCUUCCUGGUGGACGCCGUUCAGCGGCUGCGGGAGCGAGAGCCCGGCCUCCUGCCCCAGGUCCUCCUCGUGGAUGGAAAUGGGGUGCUCCACCCCCGAGGCUUCGGGGUCGCCUGCCACCUCGGUGUCCUCGCAGACCUGCCCUGCGUCGGGGUGGCCAAGCAGCUGCUGCAGGUGGACGGGCUGGAGAACGACGCCCUGCACCGGAGCAAGGUUCGCCUCCUGCGGGCUGGGGGAGACUCGUUCCCUCUGACGGGAGACUCCGGGGCCGUUCUGGGCGCGGCCCUGAGGAGCCACGAGGGCAGCACCAAGCCCCUGUACGUCUCCGUGGGCCACAGGGUGAGCCUGGAGGUGGCCGUGCGCCUGACCCACAGCUGCUGCAGGUUCCGCGUCCCGGAGCCCGUGCGCCAGGCUGACAUCCGCUCCCGGGACCACAUCCGCAGGAGCCUGGGAGGCCCCGGGCCCCAGCAGGAGAGCAGGAGCCAGGAAGCACAGAGGCCAGAGGUGGGCCCCGAGCAAAGCCCCGAAGAGCCCCCUGGUGAGGGCAGGUCCCCCAAGGCCCGAAGUCCGGGCCCCAGGACACAUGCAGAAGCCCCCGGCCCAGGCGCCCAGGAGCAGUAGGGCCAGGGCUGGGGCCGAGUGGCGCUGGAGGCCCUGACGACGCAGGCCGCCGUCCACCGGCCACCUGCUCUGGCCUCAAAACAGCUGCUGGCCCUGGGGCUCCUCCGUGGGGACGGCCCCCCAGCCGCAGGUGGGGUGUCGGCCUCUGAGGGCCCAGAAGGCUGUGCACUGCCUCCUGCUCCAGGACAGGGGGCGGGCAGGCGCUGCACACCCCCAACUCAGAAACCCCUGGACGGCCGUCCCGGCAGCCCCCGGAGGGAUUU